GACAUUUGAUAUGACUAAAUUGCAAGUAGGAGACAAAGCUCCAAACUUUCAGUUGAAGGACCAAGAUGGCAACAUGGUAGAGAUUGGUGAUUUCAUAGAAAAGUGUUCGAUGGUCCUUUUCUUCUAUCCUAAGGUAGCCUUAUUUGUAUUAGAUUGUUUCAUGGUCACUGAAGAUGCUUUUAGGAUAAGUAUGUCCUAUUUUGAUGAGCUUAAUGCAAAAGUAUUUGGUAUCAGUUCGGAUACUGUAGAGUGUCAUAAAUCUCUUGCCAAGGAGCAUCAGCUGAGCUUUACUUUGCUGUCUGAUCAAGGAGGAAAAGUACGAAAGCUUUACGGAGUGCCAAACACUAUGUUCAUUCUUCCAGGUAGAUGCACCUAUAUCAUCGACUCUAACGGCAUUAUUCGUCAUAUCUAUUCAAGUCAAGUCAAAUUUGCCAAUCACGUAAUGGAAGCAAAAAAGUCGUUGGAACUGAUACAAAUAUCGUCCAAACAAAUAGUGGAGGAAUAGGAAGCUUCAAUAUUCUUGCAUGCGUAACUUAGCAACAAGAAGAAAUAUAAUUGGUAAAGUUUGG